CAGAAUAUAUAUUCUAUCGUUAUUACCUGGUAAUAUUCAUCAGAAGCGAGAGGAAAUAAAAGAAAGUGAAGACUGUAUACGUACACUUCCAGCAAAGGAGGAUCUAACUAUGGAGUACAAAAAAGAACAAUCACCACAAGAAACUUCUCCCGAUACGCUUCGUCAACCAUGGCAUGAAAUGGACGAUUAUGAAUGGAACGAGACGUCACUGGAGCAUUUGUUGACAGAAAUUGAAAAAUACACACCUUUGGCAGAACUUAGGGGUCGUCCAAAGAAGAUUCGAUACGUCAAUGUAUUGUUGAUGGGGCGCAUCGCCUCUGGAAAAUCCAGCUUCUUCAAUACCGUUGAAUCUGUGAUCAAAGGGAGGCUAUCGAUUAGAUCACGUACCGAUUGUGCUGCAUCCAGUUUAGCAAAAUCACUCGACGUUUACAAAGUGAAGGGGAGAAGAACAUUCCGACAUCUGCGAUUUAGAAUGCUAGAUUGCCGCUGUUUAGAAGAGGACCAGAGUAUUAACUCACGUGAUGUGGAGGCCAUUCUGGACGGUCACGUAAUGGACGGAUACGUGUUUAAUCAAGGUACACCUAUCAGUAAAGACAAUUCCAAGUUCAGGAAAGACCCCAGUAUUGGUGACCGCGUACACUGUGUGCUAUUCGUGGUGGACGGGUCCAACCCACCCGAGAUAACCAUGUCUCAGAAUGUCGAAAAACAAGUGAAAGAACUCCAGGAACUAAUGAAUGGAAGAAGAAUUCCUCAGCUGAUCCUCCUCACCAAAAUCGAUACGAUAGUCACUGUAAAGGAAGACUUAUCUAAAGUUUUUCACAGUAGAAGUGUUUUGGAGAUGCGGGAUAAGGUCGCCAUGUCGUUUGGUUUGCCAUCAUAUACUGUACUUCCCAUGCAAAAUCUCGCCAAUUCUCGGACUGCAUCCACAGAGAUUAAAAUGUUAACGUUAUACAACUUACGUCAGAUCCUCCGAGCUGCAGACGACUAUCUAGAAAAUUUCGAAGACGAAAUAUUGGCGGAUACAAACCAAAUACCAUGCUGUGGCCUUCAGUUGCACAUUUAGAUAUAUCGACAUUUUAUCUAUCAACUAUAAUCAUUUUCUUUCAUAUGUCGACUCGAUAUAUACCUGUGAACACGACAUAAAGGACACCACAAAAUCCUCCACAUCUGUUUCGUACUCAGACAUUUUAUAGAAAAUAAAUAUUAACGGCAAACUAACAACUCAAUUUUAUGACAAACGGGAUUAUUUCAGAUUCUCGAUCAUUAACUUCCAAUAUUUAUGUAAUAAUACUCCAUUAUCACCUACAUAUGGUGUUUAUAUAUCUCAACAGAUUCGAUACGCAAGACCUUGUUUUGCGUAUGAUCUGUUUUCAAAUCGAAGCAGGCUACUGAGAAAUAAAUUGAUGUUACAGAAGUUUCAA